AUGAGUGAAAGUAAAUUACGGGUAUUAUGUCUUCACGGGUAUCGUCAGAAUGGCAUACUUUUCCGAGAAAAAACAGGAAGUUUCCGUAAGCUCAUGAAAAAGUAUGCUGAUUUUGAGUUUGUGUCAGCUCCCUUAAUCCCCAGUGUUGCUGAUGAAGUGAGAAGAGAUGAUGCUCGAGCUUGGUGGUUUUCUAAAGCCUCAGACGAGUUUAGUUCUAGGGAUGUUACAGAAAUAGCAACAGGAUUUGAUGAAUCUGUCAGUUCAGUAGUCGAUUUUGUUAAGGAGAAUGGACCAUUCGAUGGUCUUUUUGGAUUCAGCCAGGGUGCUUCUAUGUGUCACCUUUUGUUAGCUCUCGAGAAAGCGGGAAAAAUUCAAUUGAACUUCAAGUUCGCCAUUCUAUGUGCUGGUUUUCUUAGUCUGUCUUCUGUUCAUAGUUCAUUGCUAACCUAUAACUUUGAUAUUCCUUCAUUUCAUAUUUACGGUGAGAGUGAUGACAUCGUUAAUAGUAAAAGAAGUAUAGAACUAGCUUCAAAGUUUGAAAAUAGUAGAUGUGUGACUCAUGAAGGUGGCCACUGUGUUCCUUCAAUGACGAAAAACAAAGAGCAAAUCAAAGAGUUUUUUGAUAGUUUAGUCUGA